CGCCGCCACCGCACUAAACCCUCGCCGUCCCUCAUCGCCGCCGCCGCCGCCGGCCGACGAAAGUUCGGCCUCCGCCGCCCGAUGAUAAAAGCUCGCGUUACGUCCGUCCGUAUAACUACGUACAAUCUUCCGGUAUCGCACCACUGCCACCGCCGCCGCCGCCGCGACCCACGCGCACACACACGUCGCCGCUGUGGCCGCCACGCGUGGUCACGCACACGCACGCACGUACACGCGACAGCCGCCGCCGCCUGUCGAGACGUCGCUUGUGCACCGUCGACAGCCACUCGGUGGGACCUGGUCGCAGUCCCGUUGACACCGCCGUCGUUGCUCUUUUGGAUGACGGCCACUGGUGCCGUGCCCAUUCGCCGUACAGUCGACGAGAUCGCCACUGCGCCCGGGCGGUUGACGGCAACCGGCGGGUCAGCGUAAACCGCGGCCGGCAUGUCCACGGUGCUGCAACAACCGCCGUCCGGAGGAGCACCGCAAUCGUCGCUGCUGCCGCACCUGCAUCCGCACGGCCACCACGGCCAUCAUCUGCACCACAGGCCGGCCGCCGAACUGCAGGCCGCAGCCCACAACCCGGACGUCCUGCUCGCCCUGCUGGCCCGGAACAAGGCUCUAGAAGCUAGUAUACCAAAGUGUGGUGGUUGUCAAGAAUUAAUACUAGACAGAUUUAUAUUAAAAGUAUUGGAACGCACUUGGCACGCUCGCUGUUUAAAGUGUAACGAGUGUGGAGCUACAUUAGCCGACAAGUGUUUUGCUAGAAACGGAAUGCUGUUUUGUAAAGACGACUUUUUUAAAAGGUACGGGACAAAAUGCGCCGGUUGUGAUUUGGGAAUCCCGCCCACACAAAUAGUUCGGAGGGCUCAAGAUCUCGUCUACCACUUACAAUGUUUUGCAUGUGUCAUGUGUGGUCGUACGUUGAAUACUGGUGAUGAAUUUUAUCUGAUGGAAGAUCGGAAAUUAGUGUGUAAACCUGAUUACGAAGCCGCAAAAACUAAAGAGGGCGGAUGCCUGGAUGGCGAUCAACCAAAUAAACGUCCAAGGACAACUAUUACGGCCAAGCAGUUGGAAACAUUAAAAAUGGCUUACAACAACAGUCCAAAACCAGCUAGACAUGUUAGAGAGCAGCUAAGUCAAGACACUGGAUUAGACAUGAGGGUAGUCCAAGUUUGGUUUCAAAAUAGACGUGCAAAAGAAAAAAGGCUUAAAAAAGACGCUGGCAGAUCACGCUGGAGCCAAUAUUUCAGAACAAUGAAAGGUUCAAUUUCGCCUCGAAAUGACAAAGAUGAUCUUAAAGUUGAUCUUGAUUCAAACUUCAGUCAUUCACACGAUUUAGAAAGCAAUGACAGUUAUGGUACAAGCACGUUAACUAUAGAUCAAGAACACAGCUCUCCUUUACCUGGGAGUCAUCACCAUAAGUUUUUACCCGGCAACUCUUCACCAUCGUCACAUCAAUAUAUGUCAUCACCCACUCAACACGUUACAACAUUUACAGCAGAUAAUGGUUACAUCACAGUAGGUCCUACACAUUCUGCGCCUUCUGAACUAAGCGACAACAGUAGCACACAUGGUUUUGCAGAUUUUCCACCAAGUCCAGAUUCAUGGCUAGGAGAAACACCGCACAGAUAUUGAAAAUAUAUUAUCAUAUUAAAAUAAUGUAUUACGAAGUACAAAUCAAAAAUGUUCUUUUAACCUACCAAGGAUUAUAACAAACUGACUGGGAGAACCAAGUUUUUAAAAUGUUUAAUAAUUAUUUUAUUUCCCGUGUUUGUGUGACAUGUGUAUCAUUAGUUCGCGCAACAGUUUUUAUGGUAUUUCAUUAGGUUUACGCCAAGAAUCGUGUUUAGAUGUAGAUAUUUUUUCUUUUUGAUCUCGAAUUUAUAUUCAUUUAAAUGUUAUCUUUAAAUAAAUCAAAAUAAAUGUAUACAUGCUAUGGAAUAUUGUUGUUUUAACUUAACAUUGCCAUACAUAAAAUUAUACAUGUGUACAUAUAAUAAGGCUACAUUGUAUCAUUGUAUAUUAAGUAUUACCCUUUGGAAGACUAAGUUAUGUAAUUAAUAUUAUUAUAUCUUAAAAUAUUCAUUGUGUAUGAAAUGUAAAAUAAGCUUUAAUAAAUAUAUCGUUAAUAAAGAAUUGUUUGAAUGUAU